AUGUGUAAUUGGAUGAAUAAAACACAAACUAAAUGUGAUGAUGAUGAUGAUGAUGAUGAUGAUGAUGAUGAUGAUGAUGAUGAUGAUGAUGAUGAUGAUGAUGAUGAUGAUGAUGAUGAUGAUGAUGAUGAUGAUGAUGAUGAUGAUGAUGAUGAUGAUGAUGAUGAUGAUGAUGAUGAUGAUGAUGAUGAUGAUGAUGAUGAUGAUGAUGAUGAUGAUGAUGAUGAUGAUGAUGAUGAUGAUGAUGAUGAUGAUGAUGAUGAUGAUGAUGAUGAUGAUGAUGAUGAUGAUGAUGAUGAUGAUGAUGAUGAUGAUGAUGAUGAUGAUGAUGAUGAUGAUGAUGAUGAUGAUGAUGAUGAUGAUGAUGAUGAUGAUGAUGAUGAUGAUGAUGAUGAUGAUGAUGAUGAUGAUGAUGAUGAUGAUGAUGAUGAUGAUGAUGAUGAUGAUGAUGAUGAUGAUGAUGAUGAUGAUGAUGAUGAUGAUGAUGAUGAUGAUGAUGAUGAUGAUGAUGAUGAUGAUGAUGAUGAUGAUGAUGAUGAUGAUGAUGAUGAUGAUGAUGAUGAUGAUGAUGAUGAUGAUGAUGAUGAUGAUGAUGAUGAUGAUGAUGAUGAUGAUGAUGAUGAUGAUGAUGAUGAUGAUGAUGAUGAUGAUGAUGAUGAUGAUGAUGAUGAUGAUGAUGAUGAUGAUGAUGAUGAUGAUGAUGAUGAUGAUGAUGAUGAUGAUGAUGAUGAUGAUGAUGAUGAUGAUGAUGAUGAUGAUGAUGAUGAUGAUGAUGAUGAUGAUGAUGAUGAUGAUGAUGAUGAUGAUGAUGAUGAUGAUGAUGAUGAUGAUGAUGAUGAUGAUGAUGAUGAUGAUGAUGAUGAUGAUGAUGAUGAUGAUGAUGAUGAUGAUGAUGAUGAUGAUGAUGAUGAUGAUGAUGAUGAUGAUGAUGAUGAUGAUGAUGAUGAUGAUGAUGAUGAUGAUGAUGAUGAUGAUGAUGAUGAUGAUGAUGAUGAUGAUGAUGAUGAUGAUGAUGAUGAUGAUGAUGAUGAUGAUGAUGAUGAUGAUGAUGAUGAUGAUGAUGAUGAUGAUGAUGAUGAUGAUGAUGAUGAUGAUGAUGAUGAUGAUGAUGAUGAUGAUGAUGAUGAUGAUGAUGAUGAUGAUGAUGAUGAUGAUGAUGAUGAUGAUGAUGAUGAUGAUGAUGAUGAUGAUGAUGAUGAUGAUGAUGAUGAUGAUGAUGAUGAUGAUGAUGAUGAUGAUGAUGAUGAUGAUGAUGAUGAUGAUGAUGAUGAUGAUGAUGAUGAUGAUGAUGAUGAUGAUGAUGAUGAUGAUGAUGAUGAUGAUGAUGAUGAUGAUGAUGAUGAUGAUGAUGAUGAUGAUGAUGAUGAUGAUGAUGAUGAUGAUGAUGAUGAUGAUGAUGAUGAUGAUGAUGAUGAUGAUGAUGAUGAUGAUGAUGAUGAUGAUGAUGAUGAUGAUGAUGAUGAUGAUGAUGAUGAUGAUGAUGAUGAUGAUGAUGAUGAUGAUGAUGAUGAUGAUGAUGAUGAUGAUGAUGAUGAUGAUGAUGAUGAUGAUGAUGAUGAUGAUGAUGAUGAUGAUGAUGAUGAUGAUGAUGAUGAUGAUGAUGAUGAUGAUGAUGAUGAUGAUGAUGAUGAUGAUGAUGAUGAUGAUGAUGAUGAUGAUGAUGAUGAUGAUGAUGAUGAUGAUGAUGAUGAUGAUGAUGAUGAUGAUGAUGAUGAUGAUGAUGAUGAUGAUGAUGAUGAUGAUGAUGAUGAUGAUGAUGAUGAUGAUGAUGAUGAUGAUGAUGAUGAUGAUGAUGAUGAUGAUGAUGAUGAUGAUGAUGAUGAUGAUGAUGAUGAUGAUGAUGAUGAUGAUGAUGAUGAUGAUGAUGAUGAUGAUGAUGAUGAUGAUGAUGAUGAUGAUGAUGAUGAUGAUGAUGAUGAUGAUGAUGAUGAUGAUGAUGAUGAUGAUGAUGAUGAUGAUGAUGAUGAUGAUGAUGAUGAUGAUGAUGAUGAUGAUGAUGAUGAUGAUGAUGAUGAUGAUGAUGAUGAUGAUGAUGAUGAUGAUGAUGAUGAUGAUGAUGAUGAUGAUGAUGAUGAUGAUGAUGAUGAUGAUGAUGAUGAUGAUGAUGAUGAUGAUGAUGAUGAUGAUGAUGAUGAUGAUGAUGAUGAUGAUGAUGAUGAUGAUGAUGAUGAUGAUGAUGAUGAUGAUGAUGAUGAUGAUGAUGAUGAUGAUGAUGAUGAUGAUGAUGAUGAUGAUGAUGAUGAUGAUGAUGAUGAUGAUGAUGAUGAUGAUGAUGAUGAUGAUGAUGAUGAUGAUGAUGAUGAUGAUGAUGAUGAUGAUGAUGAUGAUGAUGAUGAUGAUGAUGAUGAUGAUGAUGAUGAUGAUGAUGAUGAUGAUGAUGAUGAUGAUGAUGAUGAUGAUGAUGAUGAUGAUGAUGAUGAUGAUGAUGAUGAUGAUGAUGAUGAUGAUGAUGAUGAUGAUGAUGAUGAUGAUGAUGAUGAUGAUGAUGAUGAUGAUGAUGAUGAUGAUGAUGAUGAUGAUGAUGAUGAUGAUGAUGAUGAUGAUGAUGAUGAUGAUGAUGAUGAUGAUGAUGAUGAUGAUGAUGAUGAUGAUGAUGAUGAUGAUGAUGAUGAUGAUGAUGAUGAUGAUGAUGAUGAUGAUGAUGAUGAUGAUGAUGAUGAUGAUGAUGAUGAUGAUGAUGAUGAUGAUGAUGAUGAUGAUGAUGAUGAUGAUGAUGAUGAUGAUGAUGAUGAUGAUGAUGAUGAUGAUGAUGAUGAUGAUGAUGAUGAUGAUGAUGAUGAUGAUGAUGAUGAUGAUGAUGAUGAUGAUGAUGAUGAUGAUGAUGAUGAUGAUGAUGAUGAUGAUGAUGAUGAUGAUGAUGAUGAUGAUGAUGAUGAUGAUGAUGAUGAUGAUGAUGAUGAUGAUGAUGAUGAUGAUGAUGAUGAUGAUGAUGAUGAUGAUGAUGAUGAUGAUGAUGAUGAUGAUGAUGAUGAUGAUGAUGAUGAUGAUGAUGAUGAUGAUGAUGAUGAUGAUGAUGAUGAUGAUGAUGAUGAUGAUGAUGAUGAUGAUGAUGAUGAUGAUGAUGAUGAUGAUGAUGAUGAUGAUGAUGAUGAUGAUGAUGAUGAUGAUGAUGAUGAUGAUGAUGAUGAUGAUGAUGAUGAUGAUGAUGAUGAUGAUGAUGAUGAUGAUGAUGAUGAUGAUGAUGAUGAUGAUGAUGAUGAUGAUGAUGAUGAUGAUGAUGAUGAUGAUGAUGAUGAUGAUGAUGAUGAUGAUGAUGAUGAUGAUGAUGAUGAUGAUGAUGAUGAUGAUGAUGAUGAUGAUGAUGAUGAUGAUGAUGAUGAUGAUGAUGAUGAUGAUGAUGAUGAUGAUGAUGAUGAUGAUGAUGAUGAUGAUGAUGAUGAUGAUGAUGAUGAUGAUGAUGAUGAUGAUGAUGAUGAUGAUGAUGAUGAUGAUGAUGAUGAUGAUGAUGAUGAUGAUGAUGAUGAUGAUGAUGAUGAUGAUGAUGAUGAUGAUGAUGAUGAUGAUGAUGAUGAUGAUGAUGAUGAUGAUGAUGAUGAUGAUGAUGAUGAUGAUGAUGAUGAUGAUGAUGAUGAUGAUGAUGAUGAUGAUGAUGAUGAUGAUGAUGAUGAUGAUGAUGAUGAUGAUGAUGAUGAUGAUGAUGAUGAUGAUGAUGAUGAUGAUGAUGAUGAUGAUGAUGAUGAUGAUGAUGAUGAUGAUGAUGAUGAUGAUGAUGAUGAUGAUGAUGAUGAUGAUGAUGAUGAUGAUGAUGAUGAUGAUGAUGAUGAUGAUGAUGAUGAUGAUGAUGAUGAUGAUGAUGAUGAUGAUGAUGAUGAUGAUGAUGAUGAUGAUGAUGAUGAUGAUGAUGAUGAUGAUGAUGAUGAUGAUGAUGAUGAUGAUGAUGAUGAUGAUGAUGAUGAUGAUGAUGAUGAUGAUGAUGAUGAUGAUGAUGAUGAUGAUGAUGAUGAUGAUGAUGAUGAUGAUGAUGAUGAUGAUGAUGAUGAUGAUGAUGAUGAUGAUGAUGAUGAUGAUGAUGAUGAUGAUGAUGAUGAUGAUGAUGAUGAUGAUGAUGAUGAUGAUGAUGAUGAUGAUGAUGAUGAUGAUGAUGAUGAUGAUGAUGAUGAUGAUGAUGAUGAUGAUGAUGAUGAUGAUGAUGAUGAUGAUGAUGAUGAUGAUGAUGAUGAUGAUGAUGAUGAUGAUGAUGAUGAUGAUGAUGAUGAUGAUGAUGAUGAUGAUGAUGAUGAUGAUGAUGAUGAUGAUGAUGAUGAUGAUGAUGAUGAUGAUGAUGAUGAUGAUGAUGAUGAUGAUGAUGAUGAUGAUGAUGAUGAUGAUGAUGAUGAUGAUGAUGAUGAUGAUGAUGAUGAUGAUGAUGAUGAUGAUGAUGAUGAUGAUGAUGAUGAUGAUGAUGAUGAUGAUGAUGAUGAUGAUGAUGAUGAUGAUGAUGAUGAUGAUGAUGAUGAUGAUGAUGAUGAUGAUGAUGAUGAUGAUGAUGAUGAUGAUGAUGAUGAUGAUGAUGAUGAUGAUGAUGAUGAUGAUGAUGAUGAUGAUGAUGAUGAUGAUGAUGAUGAUGAUGAUGAUGAUGAUGAUGAUGAUGAUGAUGAUGAUGAUGAUGAUGAUGAUGAUGAUGAUGAUGAUGAUGAUGAUGAUGAUGAUGAUGAUGAUGAUGAUGAUGAUGAUGAUGAUGAUGAUGAUGAUGAUGAUGAUGAUGAUGAUGAUGAUGAUGAUGAUGAUGAUGAUGAUGAUGAUGAUGAUGAUGAUGAUGAUGAUGAUGAUGAUGAUGAUGAUGAUGAUGAUGAUGAUGAUGAUGAUGAUGAUGAUGAUGAUGAUGAUGAUGAUGAUGAUGAUGAUGAUGAUGAUGAUGAUGAUGAUGAUGAUGAUGAUGAUGAUGAUGAUGAUGAUGAUGAUGAUGAUGAUGAUGAUGAUGAUGAUGAUGAUGAUGAUGAUGAUGAUGAUGAUGAUGAUGAUGAUGAUGAUGAUGAUGAUGAUGAUGAUGAUGAUGAUGAUGAUGAUGAUGAUGAUGAUGA